AUGGUAAGAUUGCUCAAAACUAUGGAUUUUCUUGAGAUCUACCUUGGCCUUGUCUCAACCCGAGAUCUUAACAUCUGCACAGCAUCAAGAUUUUUUAAAGUUUUAUACUUUACAGUCAGUUUCGUCAAUUAUUUUACCAGUUUGUAUUUUAAUUCCGAUUUGUUAAAGAAGUCCUGUUAUUCGAAUUCAUUUCUAUACUUGAAAUUGUAG